AUGGCCUCGGCAGGGGUGGAGAGGCCGCCAGGAGCCCAGGAAGGGGUGGCCAUGGGGUCCACACAGCUCGUGAAGGCACCCAGUGGCCGCUCCGAGUGUCCAGUGAUGGAAGCUCAGUGCCUGGUGCCAGCCUACGAGGCCUGCAGGACCCCAGGUGCAGACAGGUGUCCAAGAGGACAUGCCUCAGAGCCAGAGCUCCAGGAGCAAGGGCUCAAGCCGGAGGUGGAAGCACCAGAGGAGAGAGGCCCCAGGCCUUUGGCCUCCCCCAUGAGGCCUGGUCAUGGGCCCAAGAGGAAGGUCGAAGCUGAGCUGUCACCAGGGCUACUGCUGCAGAGGGAGGAGUCGGAGGGAAGCCAGAGUGAGCCCUCACCAUCCCCCAAACAGCACAAGAAAGCAAAGAAGCGCAAGAGUCUUGCGGCUCCUGUGCUGGCCGCCAUGGCCAGCACAGUACCUGCCCCCUCAGAGGCCUUGGGACCAGAGCCCCUUGCCCCGCCCUGGGCCCUUGCAGGAAAGGCCCAGCGCCUGCGGCCACUGUACCAGUACAUCAACUAUUGCAACCCUGAGCUGAACCAGGCAGGGGAGGGGGACAAGGAGGCCAAGGCUGAGCCGCAGCCUGAGGCGGAGCUGGCCCUGGUUCCUGAGGAGGCGGGUGUGGAGCAACUGCAGGCCUUGCUGCCCGUGCCAGGUGAGCUGGGCUCCGGCCUUGCCGUGCCCUGCCUCGAUGCACUACUGGCCCCCACCCCUGCUCCGGCUCCCAUAGGAGAGGGCGCUGGAGAGGAGCCUGCGGGUUUGCCCAGCGUGGCGGCGACUGCCUGCCUCAAGGCCGAGGUGGACAAGUCAGCCCAGGUGGACAUCGACAAGAUGCUGAGUGUCUGCACGGCUCCACUUGUGCCCCCGCUCUCUCCUCAGUACAAGUGACUGUCCUGUCCCGCUCGGUCCCUCCUGCUAAGCCUGAGCCAGGACAGCCAUCAGGACAGGCCCACGCAUUCAAGUGGAGAGGGGAA